AUGAAGCUUUUGAUCACCUCAUUUCUCAUCGCUAUUGCGGGGGCGGCGCCCGACGGAUACGGUAGUGGAGGUGGAAGUGGAGGCGGAAGUGGAGGUGGAGGAGGAUUCUCUGGCGGUGGAGGAUUCUCCAGUGGUGGAGGUGGAGGGUUCUCCGGAGGAGGCGGAGGAUUCUUUGGUGGAGGAGGAUUUUCCGGUGGUGGAGGAUUCUCUGGUGGUGGAGGAUUUUCUGGAGGUGGAAGUAAUAGUGGAGGAUCUGGAUAUGGAGGAGGAGGAUGCAGUGCAGGAGAGAUUCUUCAUGUUGACGGCUCCUGUGUCGUUCCCAUAAUCUCACGCAACGUAUUUGUUUAUGACGCUCCGGAACAACAGGAAGAAAGUGGUCCACCACCAAAUAUUCCUCCACCAAGAAUCGACCACAACAUCCUAUUCGUCCGCGUUCCUGAGAAGGGAGCAGCGCCUGAGCCAAUCAUCGUUCCUCCACCAAGGCAACAGAGCGUGGUGUACGUCCUGAACAAGGACGAUGGAGGAGGAGGACAGCAAGUGAUCGAAGUGACAGCUCCUCCACCGUCCAAUCCUGAGGUUUACUUCGUCAACUAUGCUGAAGGAGAUAACCCUCAGCUGCCCAUUGGAGUUGAUCUCCAGACUGCUCUCCAAGCGGCUGCCAACGGCGGAGGACAAGUCAUCGGCGGAGGAGCAGGCGGUGGAUCCGGCGGCGGAUUUGGCGGUGGUUCAGGAGGCGGAUUUGGCGGUGGUUCCAGUGGCGGAUUUGGCGGUGGUUCCGGUGGAGGAUUUGGCGGUGGUUCCAGUGGCGGAUUUGGCGGUGGUUCCGGCGGAGGAUUUGGCGGUGGUUCCGGUGGAAACGGCCUUGGUGGAGGCUACAGUCCUCCAGCACCGUCGAAUGCAUAUUCUACUCCAUAA